GAACUCGUCUUCUUCUCCUUCUUCCAUAACACCAUAGAGAUACAUAAUUCUAUACAUACACAUACACAUUCCAUGCAUACACAUAUACACACCAAGAAAACAGAAACAUGGGUCUGCGAGGGAAAUUCUUUUUCCCGUUUCUAAUGAUAUUAUCAUUGUUCCUAAUCAUAAGAUACAACUCCAUAUUGGUCUCGACGGACGCCGCUCUCCGGCCAGGAGACAGGACGGAGACGCCACGUGUCGAGCAGAGGAGGAGGAGGAGGUUGUUUCACACGGCGGUGACGGCGACGGACACGGUGUACAGCACGUGGCAGUGUCGGAUAAUGUACUAUUGGUACAAGAGGUUCAGGGAUAGACCCGGAUCUGAGAUGGGCGGGUUUACCCGGAUUCUUCAUUCGGGUCGACCCGAUUCCUUCAUGGACGAGCUCCCUACCUUCGUUGCUCAUCCUCUCCCUUCCGGCAUGGAUCAGGGAUAUGUAGUUCUGAAUAGGCCGUGGGCAUUUGUGCAAUGGCUCCGACAAGCUCACAUUCAAGAAGAUUACAUUCUCAUGGCAGAACCGGACCACAUCAUAGUUAAACCUAUACCUAACCUAGCUAGAGGCAAUUUCGGAGCUGCAUUCCCAUUUUUCUACAUCGAACCGAAAAAAUAUGAACCCGUUCUAAGAAAAUACUUCACGAAGGGGAACGGUCCGAUUUCAAAGAUCGAUCCCAUUGGAAACUCUCCGGUUAUCGUUUCCAAGAGUGCACUGAAGAAGAUUGCUCCGACAUGGAUGAACGUUUCCUUGGCGAUGAAGAAUGACCCGGAAACAGAUAAGGCGUUUGGUUGGGUCCUCGAAAUGUAUGCUUAUGCUGUUUCUUCGGCGUUGCAUGGUGUUAGUAACAUUCUACGUAAAGACUUCAUGAUUCAGCCUCCUUGGGACGCCGAAGUUGGAAAGACUUACAUUAUCCAUUACACAUACGGAUGCGAUUUCGACAGAAAGGGAAACAUGACGCCUGGAAAGAUCGGGGAAUGGAGAUUCGACAAACGAUCUUAUGGCAACGAGCCGCCCCCGAGGAACCUGACAUUGCCACCGCCCGGAGUUCCCGAGAGCGUGGUGACGUUGGUGAAAAUGGUGAACGAAGCUACGGCUAAUAUCCCCAACUGGCAUCCCUCAUGAGAUUAUAUAUAAUCAAGAUUCAUUCAGUUCGCUUAUCUGUGUUUGCUAGUUUUGUAGAUUCUGUGAUCUCUAUCUCUUAACAUUACAAGACGCAGAGUUUUCUCACACAGCUUCAAGGGUUCUUCGGUCAUUUCAGAUUUCGGUUUGGAUUCAGUUUAAUUUUAGUUUCGGUUUUUAUCGAAAAAAUACUUAUUUUUUAAAGAGAUUUUUCGGUUUU